AUGGGAAGAGAUCCUAGUUAUUGGACUGAUCCCGAAAAGUUUUGCCCAGAGAGGUUCUUGAACUCUUCUAUUGACCAUAAAGGAGCACACUUCGAGUAUAUACCAUUUGGUGCUGGAAGAAGGAUUUGCCCUGGCAUGUUAUUCGGAAUAGCUAUUUUUCAACUGGGCCUGGCCAAUUUGCUCUUCCAUUUUGACUGGAAACUUCCCAUAGCACUUCAACACAUAGAUUUGACGAAACUCUCUGGCUCUCCAUCUCAAGUAAAUAGCUACUACGCCUAA